GUGUGUUCGCAAAUCUAAAGUUUACAUCCGGUUAGGCUACGUAUACCCGUAAGUAGGGAUUAACCUAUACUGGUUUGCUCGUGACUGGUAACUCGAGGGAAAUGACGAUCAAACUAGAAUCAAUGCUUUGCUGUUCAGCAGUUAUCUUGUUGUUCAUCUUUAGCUGUGGUGAAGGUGCUCCAAGAGAAAAGCGAGAUCUGUUGCAGCUUGUCGAACUUCUGAACGAGAUGACCAAUAUGAGUGGGUUGGCAUUCAACAACUAUGGUUGCUACUGUGGCUGGGGAGGAAACGGUGCCCCUGUGGACGCUGUUGACAGGUGCUGUAUGUUACAUGACCACUGUUACGGAGUGGUCGAAGCUUGCUACCCAAAGUGGAUUCACUACAAAUACCAGUUUGCAACCCAUCCAGACAGAAUAUUACAGUGUAUCGACAAAAAGAACAACUGCUACAAGAAGACAUGCGAGUGCGAUACAAAUCUUGCCAAAUGUGUAGCUGUAGCUCACUACCACUCCAAAAACAAGGAUAUGUCGCAGGUGUCCUGUUACAAAACCAGGGCUCCUCCCGUCCCUGCCGGUAACCCCUUCACCAAACAGUGACAUCUCUACUGAUUCACCAAUAACACCUUCACCAUUCCUGCACAACUGAAAUAUUGGAUUUAGGAUUUUCUUUAGAAUUAAUUCUCGACUUUCAAAUUCCAACAAAAAUUGCUAAAUUAGUACAAAUAUUGAGCAAGUAUUUAUUUAUUGUAUCUUUGAAUUUAUCAAAACCAUAAAAAGGCAUCUGUUUUAUUGUCAUUUCACUUUUACUGAAAUUUUGAGUUAGAUUGAGGUGUCUGUAUCAAAACCAUUAAAAGGGUAGAUUACUGUGAUGUUACUGACAAGUCUACUCUGUUGUUUAUGAUGUUCCUUUGGGUAUUAGAUAUUAUACUGUUGUUGAUUGUCCUGUAAGAACUCUACUCAGUUAUUUUUUCCCCUUAGGCAUCAAAUAAUCUACUUUUGUCUAAUUCGACUAGAUUCUAAUUGUUGAAUAUCAUUUAAUAGGGACUGUCUGAGUAAGUGCGAUGUUAUCAGCCACAGGAAGAUGUUGUGGCAAGAUUUAUUUGUCAUUGUUUUCAAUCCAUUGUUACAAAUAUUUUUUGUAUAUGUCGGGCAAGAAUUGAUUUUUAUUGAAAACUAUUUGGUCUUCCAAUUUCACCAAUUUGUUUUUCUAUUUCUAAAUUUCGAGGAAUGGUUUCUAAUUGUCUAUAUUUCCUUCCCUCUGGGUGAAAGAAUUUGUUGUAUUCAUAACUUAAGAAUUGUAUUGGAAUAUGAUUGGUAUUAUGCAAAAUUGAACUGUAUUAAAUGACCAUCAAUCAGUUCAUAUAUACAAUGUAUACAAACUAUGUCGGAGAGGGUUUUCAGGAAAUGGAAAUUUAAGUGAUAGAUCUCUAUUCCCAAGUGCUCCUAUUCCCCAUCAUAAUGUUAUUAAUUGUUUUCUUUAUUUAGUUCUGUCCAAAUUUUAAGACUUUUAUUGUAAAAAAUAGAUCUUUGUUAUUGAUAUAAUAUACAGCUAUACAUGUAUCGUGUGACACGAAAUGUUGUUUGUCAUGAGUUGUAAUAGAAAUGAUAUGAAUAGUGGGAUAUUGAGUUUCACGUAUUGCUAAAAUAUUGCUUAACUAAUAAUAAUAAUAAUAUUGCUUAAUUAAUAUAUACAUGCAUAUCAGGAACUAAAUGUGAAAAAAUGUUUAUCAUCUUUUAAUAUAAGCAAAAACAGAACCAUUUUCAUUUUCUAUACAUAUGAUAGCAGUGCUGUCACGGCCUUGGCUAGUUCAGGAAACAAGGUGUUAUAUUUAUUGCCUAUCUGGUAAAUCUGUUUUGAUUUUUAAAAAGUCUUUAUCGUACCAGGGUAUUAAGAGUUUAGAAAUAUCUUCGGUUGCAUGUGAAUGGUUUAGAUCUGUUUUACAAACUGGGCUAUUGUGUAUAUUUUUUAUGAAAUAGCAGUAACCUGAAAGUUAUAUGAAUCUCUAAUUGAUGCAAAACUAGACUUAGUUUCAAAUAUUUUUGAUAAAUCUUUGUCUAGAUAUAUAAUGUUAAGUUUGGGUGAGUAUAUAAAAAUCUUGCUGUGUGGUAAUUCUCAGCCGACGUUAAUGGUAUAUGCAGCAUUUAUUGGUACAGUACAACUACCCCUGUAUCAUUAUGUCAUGUUUCGUCAGAUCUCUUGUUGUUAAAGAGGUUUAUGUCUUUGUUUUUGAGGGGUGUUUUUGGCCUCUUUACUUAAUGGUUUAUUCAGUUUUAAAGGAAAACAAUUUUAAUGUAGAUAGUAACAUAUCUAAUGUGUGGGUUUAAUAUUGUAUGGUAAAGUUACCUUGUUAUCAAUUCACCUGUGACAAUGACUGCUGAAAGUUUGUUAAACAAUGAUAUGCAAGGUAAUUGUAUUGCUGGGAUUUUAUCGGUUAAAUGGUAUAUCUUUUAUGUAUUAUAUGAAUGUUAACAGAGCCAAACAGCUAUGGCUGCUGUUUAUAUAACCAGUGUGUAGAUCUAAUGAUUGUACAUUGUACAUGUAAUUUACAUAUUCCUGAUGGGCACAUGAAGAGAUACCUGUGUAUUUUUUAUAGGGUUUGGGUUAUUGCUUGCUUACCUUAAUGAUAUUUUGCUGUUAUUGUAAAAGGCAGAGGUUGUAAAUGAUACCUUGAUUUACAAUGGUCAAUUUUACAGGUAAUUAUAGCAGCUAGGGGUUGGAUUAACCUGCUUCCACAAUUGUAUAGCUACCAUUGUUUUAACUUUAAGUUUAUAAAGGUUUAGUCUUUAAAGAGAAUAAAAUUUUAUUGCACACGUUUUACAUAAAUAUGAGCAUAAUUUGAGUUUUAUUUGCACUCUGCACAAAGCUUCUGGAUAUCUUGUUCAUUUGAAAUGUAUGAGAAGAUCAUUUAAAUUUAGUUGCAUUUUAAUACAAAACAAUAGGUUAUAUUAUUUUCAUUACUCAUUGGUUGUGGGUGUUGGCCCAUUGGUUUUCUUAAAAACAGAAUCAAACAAAAAAUAGAUGUAAAACCAGUAGAUACCAUUGACUUUUUAUCACACAACAAAUUAUCAGAUGUUGGGUCACUAACUUUCACUUUGGUAACUACACAUUUUUAUUUCCGUUGAGUCAAUGGAUUUUCUGAUAUCACCAUCUUAUUACAUUGGUAUACCAUCCUGUAUGACUCAAAUAAGGUUUUUGAAAUAUGAUUUUAUAAUGCCUUUUGUUAAGAUUUUGACUUUGAUUUAAGUAACAUUUUAUCCCACCUAUCAAUCUAUAAUUAAGAUUUUAUGCUUCAUGUGAUUACGUUUAGACUUCUGAUUUUGAUAUUUUAUUUUUCUGUUGUAUUUGUUGUAAUGAGUGCCCUCCCCUUACAAACACCUCUCCAAUGAAAAGUGCCCCUCUCCUUUAUGACACUUACUGUAAUGAUAUAAAAGCCCCCUUUUCACAACAUGACCCUCCAUUCUGGUCCUUACCAGUUAACUAAUAAAGUUCUACAUUUGUACUCUUUAUCAGACAGUUGAAUGUCACCAUCUGACAAAGCUGUUUUACAGUGUUUUAGAGAAAGUAAACAUUUGAAAUUCUCCAUUAAAUGUGCCGGUCAGUGACCAUUUACAGCAGCUGCCACAAGCUGUAAUUGUUAUCCUAACAAGCACCCCAGUGUGUCAAAUUUUCACAUACCCAGGGCAAUAAUUACAACGAGUACAGUACCUAUGAUUUUAAUGAGAUUAUAAGCAAGUAAAAGUGCUGUUCAGAAAAAUUGCAAUCCAAUGUAUGUUUUCGUUGUUUGGGCAUAAAACUAUUUUUAUACAGAUUGAGAAUAAAUUUUAAUUUCUUUUGAAC